AUGGACGCACAUGGACAGGCCCCCACAGAACAUCUCAAGGGUGAGGAAGACAAUGCCAGGUGUCUUAGUUAUAAUACAUUAAUACAUCAUUGGAUUAGAUCAUCUUGAGAUUUUAUAUAUCAUAAAGUAUGUACGUCUGCCUCAAAUACUUUCCAUCAUGCAAUAUCAAAACAACGAUACACAAUAUAUUAUAAUAUUUCCCCCCAAAAUCAAAACUGAUGUCUUUGGGGCCUUUUCAAUCGUUAUUACUGGUAACCAACCUGUUUUUGUUGCAGGUUGUGUUGUCCGCAUGUGUAGGAAAAUUACCUACCGCUGUGUAGAUCAGUUCAUCCAACAGUACCUGCCUCUGUUAUGUGAGUUAAGUUCAUUACAGUUUAGUAUUAUUACAUUGUAAUGAUUCCAUCUAAUUAUGAGCACUGGGUUUUCUAGUGGCACAAUAUCCACGAGUUUCCUCAAUUGUCCAACCAAAUACCGGUACGUAUCAAUAUUUUCAUUAUAAUGACAAUGGGUAUUUUAAGACAGGGAAAUAAAUGAUUAUAAACUAUAGGGGGGAUGUAAAUAACUUCCAUUGAAUGAGUUCUCUGUUUGUGUCAACAGUAGAGCUACUCAUGGCUGAAAUGACAGAUGUAUAUCUUCAAUGCUGGCUUGAGACAACGGACUCCAAAGUCAGUGGUGAGGCAAUAUCCAACAGUCAUUACAGUAUUUUGAUGGUGAAUAAAAUGUGUGGCUGAGUGUGUAUACCUUAUGUGAUGGUGUGUAUAAUAACAUGCCAUUUAGCAGACGCUUUUAUCCAAAGCGACUUACAGUCAUGCGUGCAUACAUUUUUGUGUAUCGGUGGUCCCAGGGAUCGAACCCACUACCUUGGCGUUACAAGUGCCGUGCUCUACCAGCUGAGCUACAGAGGACCAUAUAUCGACUGUAUCUAUUGUUAUGUGAUGGUCUGUGUGUAUAUAUAUAUAUAUACAGUACCAGUCAAAAGUUUGGACACACCUACUCAUUCAAGGGUUUUUCUUUAUUUUUUACUAUUUUCUAUCUUGUAGAAUAAUAGUGAAGACAUCAAAACUAUGAAAUAACACAUUUGGAAUCAUGUAGUAACCAAAAAAGUGUUAAACAAAUCAAAAUGUAUUUUAAGAUUCUUCAAAGUAGCCACCCUUUGCCUUGAUGACAGCUUUGCACACUCUUGGCAUUCACUCAACCAGCUUCACGUGGAAUGCUUUUCCAACCGUCUUGAAGGAGUUCCCACAUAUGCUGAGCACUUGUUGGCUGCUUUUCCUUCACUCUGCGGUCCAACUCAUCCCAAACCAUCUCAAUUGGGUUGAGGUUGGGUGAUUUUGGAGGUAAGGUCAUCUGAUGCAGCACUCCAUCACUCUCCUUCUUGGUCAAAUAGCCCUUACACAGCCUGGAGGUGUGUUGGGUCGUUGUCCUGUUGAAAAACAAAUGAUAGUCCCACUAAGCGCAAACCAGAUGGGAUGGCGAAUCGCUGCAGAAUGCUGUGAUACCCAUGCUGGUUAAGUGUGCCUUGAAUUCUAAAUAAAUCACAGACAGUGUCACCAGCAAAGCACCCCCACACCAUCACACCUCCUCCUCCAUGCUUCACGGUGGGAACCACACAUGCAGAGAUCUUACGUUCACCCACACCGCGUCUCACAAAGACAUGCCAGUUGGACCCAAAAAUCUCAAAUUUGGACUCUAGACCAAAGUACUUAUAGAAUUUCCACUGGUCUAAUGUCAAUUGCUCGUGUUUCUUGGCCCAAGCAGUUCUCUUCUUAUUAUUGAUGUCCUUUAGUAGUUUCCUUUCUUUGCAGCAAAUCGACCAUGAAGGCCUGAUUCACACAGUCCCCUCUGAAUGUAGAAAAUAGUAAAAAUAAAGAAAAACCCUUGAAUGAGUAGGUGUGUCCAAACUUUUGACUGGUACUGUAUAUAUAUAUAUAUAUAUAUAUAUAUAUAUAUAUAUAUAUAUAUAUAUAUAUACACAGUAUAUAUCGACUGUAUCUGUUGUUAUGUGAUGGUCUUUGUGUGUAUAUAUAUAUAUAUAUAUAUAUAUAUCUACUGUAUCUGUUUUUGAGUGAUGAUCUGUGUGUAUACAGUAUACUGUAUCUAUUGUUAAGUGUGUUUUUGUACUCUAUAUUUGCAGAGGUGAUCGUUGAUUUAAGUCAGUCUUUCUCUUGCAGGUUGUUUUAUGAACAGAUUAAUUGAUAAGGCACAGCCGUUCAUUACCCCGUUGUUUGCAUCAUACUUCGAUGAUCCAGGUCAGAAUUAUUAUCGAUAG